GCAAAAUCUAGUAUGUUAUCCUCCAAGGCCGGCUGCUUGUAGCUAAACUCUCCUUGCGACCCACGUCACGUUUGUGGGUGUACUUGCGGUGCUUACAGAUAUUUUAGUCGAGGCCAAAAGAUGGAACUCUUUUGUGAAUGUUCUCUUGUUCAGUGGCAAUGGAAAAAUAUUAUCAAGUCGCUUUUGAAAUUUGUUCUCAGGCUCCAUGUCGUGUACCGUGUUCUGAUACGAGCCAAUAGAUUGGUGCCUUUCUGAAUAAAUUGUUACGGGAAGUGUGUCCGAAGUCAAGCUCUGUUGGAUGGCCUUGACGUGGGGAUAUGUAAAAGUCCACACCAACACCAUGAUUACAUCUGUCAAUGGUACGUUCUCUGGGAUACUCCGAUAGGUUCACUUGCUGUGCGCAAGCGCUAGAAACAGUCUCUCGUUGUGUUGGGGUUUAGAAACUGUUACUACUUCACGAAUUGCUGGGGGAUAAGAAACGGUCACCAUGACGAUGCUUAGUUACAUGCAAAAUCGUGUUUUGCCCAAAUCUUGCCUUCGUCCCCGCGGUGGCUUCCGGGCUUCACUUUCGUGAUUCUAGUUUCCGGAGUGAAGCGCGGUUCUCAAACUUGUGUCGUGAUGAAGUGGAACAGUCGUGAUGAACUGUUCGCGAAAUUGACCAAUCAUGUACUUGUGAAAACAGCACCGAACCAAUAACGUGCGUCAUCGAAACACGAUCUAUAGGGCUAUUAUUAAUGCACGAAGUCUGUGUCCAUUCAUGCCGGGAUAGAUUAUGUCGACUGAUGUACAACGGGGUCACAAAUUACAAAGAUGGUGGCUAGCGCGCAAGGCCAGAUAAUUUUCAAUAGCCGGCUGACUGUUUCGGUUCAUUUGAAUACUGAAGGUUUGGCGUAUUCAGCCAUACACAAACGGUACAUGUCUUUUUUCUUUUCGGUGGCACAACGUACCAGGAGAACCUACGUACACGCAAAUGCAGCGACGGAUUGUGCUGAACACUGAUAUUCACAUCACCGUCGCCCUUGGCCUCGUCCGCUCCACUGCUGUACUUCGUACGUGCCACUUCCUGCCUGGCAACCCAUCACAUCUCCGCGCGAUACACGUUGCUAUCUAUCUUGGCAACAUGGCCACAACGGACCCCCUGGACGAUAACUGUAUACUGAUGGAAGAGAGUCAAGAUCUGCGUCAAAAUAGGCCCACAGGUGUCUGCUACAAGUACGCCAAGUUUCUGGCUCGUUUCUGGUAUGUAAUGGGCCUCGUGGUGCUCGUGGUAGUCACUGUAUUGGCCGUUGUGACCUUCAAGGUAUACGACCUCCCAGAUUUCCCUGAUCCGUCUAAGGGAUUUGAAGCCAGGGGAACGCUUAUCACAUCUCGGUUGUUCAGCAUCGACAACCUUAAGCGACAUGCAGAUGACUUGCUGGUAACGGAUCCCUCUGAUGAUGUUCAAGACGAAAACCGUCGGUAUGCCCCUUCUCGUACCAAGCGGCAAGCGAGCAACCGGACUUACUCGGGCAUUAAGUUCUGCACCUCAUUAUGGAGUUCAAGGGGGUACAGUACAAUGGUGUUUGAGGCAGUAGAUGAAACAAAUAUACUCACACUGGAUGCCAUUAAGUCAGUUUGCAAAGCGGAGAGGCGACUGGUGACGUCUCAUCCGUUGUACCAAGCCAACUGCCUCUGCCACGGCGAAGGGAAUGGAGAAUGUCCCACUUGGUCUUUAGGAAACUACGCAGCCUUGCUCGCUAACAAGACAUCCUGUACAGAAAUUGAGCAAGAAGAUGUGAUUCGCCUCACCGACUUGUUGACGUUGUGCGCACCCUUUCUCAGUAACUGGACCCAAGGUCACGGGAAUGUUCCCCCUGAGUGUGGCCAACACGACCACGCUGCCUUCGCGAUACUUUAUUACCUUCUCCCGACAGAAUUUAGCCAGAGCAUCGACAGCAAGACGGUCGCCCCGAGAUCGCUAAUUUGUGCAGUUUUGUAUCCCAUCGACUCAGGCAAGGAUGAUGUCUUGGAGACGAUUUAUGAGGAAAGUGUCGAAAGGAAAGCAACUACAGACGGGAUAACGAGGUUGAAAGCGGUAGACUUCUCCAUCAAAUACAAGUUGUUUAAGAAACAGCUGUAUGCCGAUAGUGUCUACAUGGGCAUAUCGGCUGGAGCCAUAUUUCUCUUGAUUUGGCUUUACACUGGCUCGCUCUUGGUAUCCCUGGCCGCCUUUCUCAACAUGAUGUUCUCGCUGGUGAUGGCCGACUUCUUCUACACAGUUGUCUUUGUUAGGCCUUUCUUUCCCUUCGUCAAUCUCAUUGCAGUGAUAUUGAUGCUGGGAGUCGGGGCAGACGACACAUUCGUAUACGUGGAUCUGUGGAAGAAAUGCUUAUCGGAAUUGGGCGAUCGAGAUUUGCCCAGGCUUGUCUACGAGACGCUACGUCAUGCCUCGGUUACCAUGCUCGUGACGAGUUUAACCACUGCCGCCGCCCUCUACGCGACGGCCUUCAGCCACAUCAUAGCGGUCAGGUGCUUUGCCGUGUUUGCCGGCACGGCCAUCAUCAUGAAUUUUGUGUUGACGAUGACGCUCCUCCCAGCCGUCGUCGUCAUGCAACACAAGUUGACUGCGUUGUGUUGUUCACUGAAGAUUUGCUCUGGGUUACGCCAGUGUAAAGGUGGCUGCUUAGAGAUCCUCUCGCACCGUGUGAAGAUGAUUUACGAAGAGCUUAUUCCCUCUCUCGUUUUGAAGUUGAGAUAUGCAUGGAUUAUCCUUUUUUUGCUGUUGAUGACAGGAGGCGCAGUUGUAAUCUUUUACUUUCCGCGUUUCCGACUCCCUUCUAGUUCUGAUUUCCAGUUCUUCGUAUCUUCCCACUACUUUGAACAGUUCGAUUUUGUGUACAGAAAGCAGUUUUCAUUUUCCAAGGAGACCUUUUCUGAUUCCUGGGGCUCGGUCGUCUGGGGAGUCCAGGCGGUGGACAAUGGCGAUAUGUGGGACCCAGACGACCGAGGAACUCUCGCGUUGGACGAUGGUUUCGAAUUCUCCAGUCCCGAAGAUCAGGCCUGGCUGUUGGGAUUUUGUCAAGACCUACGGGAAGCAGAGUUUUACACGGCUGAUACGCUGGAUUGCUUCAUUGAAGGAUUUUGUUGAUAUCAUGCAGAGUGAAAGCUGCGAAAGCUUCGGAAUAGACCUCUCUCCUUGUUGUAACCAGUCUUUAUCAACAUAUAGCCCCUUUCUCUUCAAAACUUGCAUCGCUAAACUUUCCGAACUCUUGCCCUCUUAUAGGCCGGUAUAUUUUCGCAAAACAGACUCCAAACUCGCUGUCAUUCGACUCAAUUUUCGGACGCACUUUCCAAACAGCUAUAAUUUUUCCCGGAAUGAUGGGUUUUGGAGGACAGUGAACCCAUGGGUGGAGAGGAUGCUAAAGUCGGCGCCUGGAUCCCUUAGACGGGGCUGGUUUAUUUCCCCCUCGUACGGGAUGGAGUACUACGAUCUGCAACAGAGUCUUGCAACCGGA